CAGAGAAUCUAGCUUUAAUAAAAUAACGUAAUAAUUGGUUUAAAAUUUAAGUAAAGUUCCUGAACUGUUCAGAGCUCCGUUAAAUCAACGCUGGAGCAGUCAGCUGACUGACCGCGGGACGCGUCACCAGCUCUGCGAGAGGACAUGUAUCGUGGUCGGCCUCCUCCGAGAGGAGGAUACCCGCCGGCUUUCGAAGGCCGAGGUCCGAGGCCUUACCCGGCACCGUCCUACAGGGAUGACAGGAGCCGGCCCAGGCCGCCCUACCACCCCGGCUUCCACCCGGACUCCUACCGCCGGUCCCCGCCGCGCCGGAGGUACCCUUCCCCCGCGUCAGGAAGUCACCGAGGCGGGGAGUACUGGGCCGGUGGUCCGCCGAGAGAAAGGUCUCCGUCACCUCGUGGACCUCUCGACCACAACCUGGUCAUCACCGUCGGCAACGAGCUGAUUGGACCAUCUGGCUCUGCCCCCUCACGACAUCAUGACAGAGACUACCCUCUUCGACCCGAGUACGAGCGGGGCCGGAGCCGACCUCGCAGCCGCAGUCCGGAACGGAGCCGGGCCAAGAGUCGGGGCCGGAGCAAGAGUCGCAGUCCGGACCGGAGCAGAGCCAAGAGUCGGGGCCGGAGCAAGAGUCGGAGUCCGGACCGGAGCAGAGCCAAGAGUCGGGGCCGGAGCAAGAGUCGGGCGAGGAGCAAGAGCCGGCCCCGCAGCCAGAGUCGUAGUCCGGGCCGGAGCCGGGCCAAGAGCCGGGGACGAAGCCGGAGCAAGAGCCGCAGUCCUGACCGGAGUCGGGCAAAGAGCCGGGGUCGGAGCAAGAGUCGCCACCACAGCAGGUCUAGAUCUAGAUCCAGAUCCAGAUCCAGAGGGCUGAGCUACGGCCGCAUUAAGAGCACACAGAGGAGUCGCAGCAGCAGUUCGAGCUCGAGCAGCGGAGAAGACAGCAACGACAAAUUCGAGAAAGGGUUCAGAGAACUGGAGACGGCCCGACGCAGGAAGGAGCUUGAGGAGAUGCUGAGUCUGCCGACAAAAUCCAUCCUGAAGAAACGCAACGACUCUGAGGACUCGCCAUCACUCAGGAGCUCAGACUCUCCCAGAGGUCUGGACGGCUCCAGCAUGUCUCGGGUGGCCGACCAGCUGCUGCAGGCUGUUAAAGGCAUGGAGCCUCACAUGGUGGCGUCAAUGCUGUCGGAGCUGCGGUCCGACCCACAGAUGGCUCACCGCGCCGGCCUCGACGCUGAGAUCAAAGAGAUCCUCCACCUGCUGGGGGGACCGUCGGGGGCCAAGGCUCAGGAGAAGGUCGUUGAUGAUAUCGACGAUGAGGAGAGGUUCCUGUACGGAGACUCGGAGGAGCCAAAACCUCAACCGGUGUCUGAGCCGGUCCGACUCCACGGGCUAGAUCUGUACGGAGAUGUGACAGAGGAGGCGCUGUACGGAGACUACCCUCCACAGAAACCUGUCAUCGCUCAGAUGUAUGGCCUUCCACCAGGGGCCUCACCUCAUAUUCAGAUCCCUCCCACCAUGGGGGAGAUGGACAUGAGGUACGCGAGCCAACCCUCCAUCAGCCCAGACAGGAACAUCACUGUGCAGGUACCGAACCCCGCCAUCCCUCCAGGGACAGAGCCACUGGAGGAAGGCGAGCGCCAGGCACUGGAGGAGUACGAGAAAAUCCAGGAUUUGUUGAAGACCAUUGGCCUGGACCUGGGCGUGACCGAGAUCAGCAAGAUGGCUGCCAGGACUAAAGAGCGUCUCCAUGGAAACAAGCCACCUCCAAAGACGCCCACGCGCCGCAAGCGGUACUCCUCCGGCAGCUCAGAUGACAGCAGGGGCCGCAGGAGGCGGAGCCACAGUGGCAGCUCCAGCAGCACCAGCAGCCGCAGUCGCAGCCGUGGGCGGGGGGGCAGCUGGAGCAGUGAUGACGGCCGCAGGAAGUGCUCGGUGCCAUCUAAAGCUCACAAAGACUCCAGAGAGCCGAAGGCUGAGCCGCAAGCUGUCGCACUGCCGCCACAAACAGAGCCACCACUACAAACCCCCAACCCUAAAAUCCUCCCGCCUCACCCAGGGAUGCCCAUACCCUCGUACCCCCCCUCACAGGUCCACGGCCUGAUGCCCCCCAACUUCCCCCCACCAGCGUAUGGCCAGUACGGAAACUACCUUCCCUAUAUGCACCAGCAGUGGCCGCCCAUGUACCCGCCCCCCAACAUGGCUCAGCCCCCCCCCACCAGCCCAGACGAGUUCCCGCCCACUCUGCCCUACAAACACGCCUACAAAAAAACAGAGCCUGAGCCAGGGGUCAAAGGCGUGGUGAAGAGUUCUGUUCAGGAUGGUGAGAAGGCGAACGUCAGCAGUCAUGAGAAGAGAGUGUCCGAGGAACAGAACAACGAGAGCCAGAAACAGAAGGUUUUGGAGGAGAGGGAGAAGCUGAAGCAGGAGCGAGACAUCAGGAUGAAGAAGAAGGAAUAUCUGAUGAAGGAGCUGGAGAGACUCAGGAAGCAGCAGGGCGAGCUCCUGAGGAAGAAGCGGCGGGAGAAGGGUGGCCACAAAGACCCUCUGUUGCAGGAGAUCAGCCGCCUGCAGGAGGAGGUCAUGGCUCAGAUCUCUAACCUGCGUAAAGAGCAUGAGGCUGCCGAGAAGAAACGCAACGAGAUCGAGAAGGUCGCGCACAUACUUGGCCUCGUCCCAUCCGACCGGCCCCGCAGGACAGGUAAACUGGUUGAGGAUCAGGAGGACGAACCACCGCCGCCGCUUCCGCCUCCACCAGAGAAGAAGAAACGCGAGGCGGACUGGAGUCCUGAGGGACGGCAUGCGGCCAGCAGCUCCACAAUAAAGCAGAGCCCAGUGAUGCUGUCGUCGUCAUCAUCUUCCAGGGCGUCCCCGGACAAGCAGCCUGUCGCCACCCUGGCUCCACCUCCAACCCCGCCUCUGCAACCGUUUGAAUACUAUGACGCUGGAAACCACUGGUGCAAAAACUGUAACAUCACCUCUGGUUCCAUGUUUGAUUUUUUCACGCACUUGCAUAGCAAAACGCACCGAAAGACUCUGGACCCGUACGACCGACCCUGGGCCUCCACUCCCACCAAGAUCAGCAAGAACCUGUCGUCAGAGGAGAAGCUGACCAAACCUGCCAAAGGUUCAGAGUUCCUGCUGCCCGUCAGAGGAUUCUUCUGCCUGCUGUGUAAAGAGUUUUAUGGAGAUGCCAUCUGUGCAGAAGAACACGUCACCACUCACGCUCACAACGAGAAGUACAAGAAACAAAUGUACGAGAACCCGUUGUACGAACAGAGGAGGAACCUGGACCGCCAGGCCGGACUGGCCUCUGAGAACAGCGGGAAGAAACGCAAACAUGAGGACGAAGACAAUGGCAAGAAGGACAAGGAGGAAAAAUCCAAACACAAGAAGGAGAAGAAGGAGAAGAAGAAGGAAGAGGACAAUGCUACUCACAAGGGGGAGAAAGUUAAGCAGGAAGAGGAGGAGGAGGAGGAGAAGCCGAAGUUGGGCAAGAAAGAGGAGGAUUUUAAGAAUGCCAAAAACCUGGAAGAGGAGAGGCCUUCAUAUAGCAAGAAAGACGAAGAUGAAAAGUAUAAAUCCAGCAAGAAGGAGGAUAAAUACCGCCACAGCCGAGAGGAAGAGGAGCGGGGUAAAUACAGCAGAAGGGACGAAGAUGACCGGUACAAGUACAGCAGAGAAGAAGAAUACCGGCACCGCUAUCGAAGGGAUGAUGAUGAUGACCGGUAUGACGACCGCCCCAAAUUCGGGCCGAGAGAGUAUAGACCCAAAUAUGACAAAGACCGAGAUGAAGGGAAACUGAAGGCUGAAAAGGAAUCUUCGAAAAAGGUUCCUCCGGGAAAACCGGCAGGGAAACCAGAGAUCACCACACCUGAACCUCCGCCAAAGCCCUAUGAACUGCCCAAAAUCCUCUGUGGACCAAGUCCAGCUAUGAGGGCAAAGCUCCGCAAGCAAAGCCUGGAAACCGGCAAACCAGCACCCGCAACCAUGACCCCGACUUUUGGAAAGUUCACAUGGAAGAAACGGGAGAAUGUUCUGGCGAAGGAGGCAGAGAAAGUUGCAGCAGAGUUCAUCAAGGAAGACGAAGCAGCUGCAAAGCAGAACCCGAUCUCAGUGGAGGAUUCCUUUGCAAAAUCUAUGGCUGUUGCAAAGGAGAUCGCCCAGAAACUGGGGGGCCAACAAAAUAUGCCUCCUCCCUGGGUGUCCAACAGCGCCAACCGCGGAAGGAUCCGGCCCAACCUUCCUGCACCAGCAGGAAGGGGAAACCGAAGAACGGCCAUGAUGGGUAGACCGGCACCACUAAAUACUUUCCUUUCUAUUAGACCCCAAAACCUUGGUUUACAGGGACAGUUUCAAAAAGAACCAUUGUUCUCUGAUGGUCUUAUGAGGGCUGUGAAUGCUCAGAACGCACUGCUCGAAGGUAAAUCUCAGCCCCCAGCUGCUACACCUGAGACAGCCAAGGCUACGCCUGCACCGGCACCUGCACCGGUGCCUGCACCAGCGCCUGUACCGGCACCAGUACCAGUGCAGGCACCGGUGCCUGCACCUGUGCCAGUACCAGCGCAUGCGCCAAUGCCUGCACCGGGAAUGUCAAGACCUCCACCAUUUGAUGCUAAACAUCCGCCGCCAAUGUCAAGACCUCCACCAUUUGAUGCUAAACAUCCGCCGCCAAUGUCAAGACCCCCGCCAUUCAAGGCUAAACCUGCACCACCAGUUUGUAACCCUGCACCACCAGUUUGUAACCCUGCACCACCAGUUUGUAAUCCUGCACCACCAGUUUCUAAACCUGCCCCAAUGGAAGUAAAGCUGGCACAACCUGUGGUGACGUCAGCACCAUCUCAAACUACCCCUGCACAAUCAGUUGCUAAACCAACACAACCAACACUGAUAAAGAUAGUGUCUGACGUGGCAGCUCCUGGCGUCCCCGAGAACGAGCAAACUCGUACAGUGUUUGUCAAACCUCCACCUCUCAAGAGCAUGGCUGACGUAGCUCAGAAGUCUGAGAAACUUAAGAGUAACCUGGCUGCAGCCAAAGCCCAAGACUUAUUUGACAUCUUCUACAGCAGUGUUGGCCAAUCAGGCCCGUCCUCCAUCACCAAACCAGUCACAGAUGUCAGAGCUGACGAGAGCAGCACCAAUAAAAGUCAACUUUCUGCCCUGCAAGCACCAAAACCACAACCUCAGAGUAAACCUGUUACCCAGUCCCAACCUCCAUCUGUGGUCUGUAAAUCUCCACAACCAGACUCAUCAGGUGCCCAAACCCAACCAGACUCACCAGGUCCCAAAACCCAGGUACACUCACAAAGUCCGGAAUCCCGCCAAGAAUCGGACAUUCAGAUCGCAUCUGUUUGGUCCUUACAGCCCACCCCAGCCACAACACCUGAGGUGGCUCCAUCUGAAACACAAAAAACCCAGCCACAACUUAAUCCACCAGCCCAGUCUGAGGCUCAGAGUGUACCCCAAAACCAGUCCUCGACUCCUGAAUCUGGGUCCCAAAUCACCCCACAAACCAAGCCUGCUAACCUGGAGUCAAAACCUCAGACUCAGUUCCAGCCUAAACCAGCCACUCAUAUCCAAACAGAUCCCCAACCAGACCAGGACAAUCAGCCCCAGUCCCAUCUAGAGACCCAUUCUAGCACUGCUCCAGAACCUGAACCCAAGCCAAGCCCCAAAACUAGAGGCAAGAGAACCCCUCCUGCCCCCCGCCCUGUCCGACAAACCAGAUCCCAAACCAGAUACCAGACCCGGCAGCAGCAGCAGAGCCAGUCCGAGCCAGAGCCAGAGCCUGAGCUACCUUCGGGAGAUUCUGACUCUGUAACUUCAGAUCCAAAGGGGCUGGACACGUCAAAUCCUGGCUCCAGGUCAGAGCCGGAGGAGGGGGCACCCAGAGAGGAGGACUCUAAGAAGGAGGUCACCCCUGAAACCCUGGGCCUCCCCUCAGACAUGACUUCCCUGAACUUUGAUUAUGAUUUUAACUUUGAGUAGGAGCUGACCGGACUGUUUCUGUAGAACCACUUGUACAUCCAGGAGGUCUUUCAUCAAUAAUUUUCUGGACUUGAAGGUAGCUGGAAGAGGUGGGGAAGACACUGAUGGACUUUAAACACUGACCUUCAUCUGUCUGAUGUUUAGUGAUACCCUGUUGUUGUCUGUCUUUUCUAGAGCCUAAUGCUUCAGAUGGAUUUCACUUUAAGUCCGGUGAGUCCAGAACAGACGUGAGUCCUGGAUGUGAAUAAGCACCUAGAAAGAUAGUGAAGGAUUGACCUGCCCACUCGCUCAAUGAUAUGCUGGUACUUCUUGAAUUCGAUGUUUGGAUUGGUCAGGUUUAGGUAAGAGGCAUUAAGAUUUGUCAGGGUAAGACUGUCACAAGCAGAGUAAGGUGGGCCAUUCUUUCGCUUUCCCAGGAAAUACAAAUUCACAUCCAGGUCAUCUGUAGACCUGAAACGUACAGAUCACCAAAGGGACAAAAAACCAACAAUCAAUGUCAGAAUAAUUUGUACAAAGUAUUUCCUUUGGGUUACGGGAUACUUUCUGUGGUCAGAAGGUUCGGAUCUGUUGUUCGUGGUCGUCAGACCCAAUCUCAGGUCCAUCCAAGGUUCAAGGGGUUAUUCAAAGGUUCUGAGAGACGAUUGACACGACAAGAAAUCUGAAAAAUACAAUUUGUGAAUUACAGAAUAUUUCUUCAUCAGGCGUCUACGAUUACAAAAAUAAGCACUUUCUGUUUGCUACCUAUGGAAAUGUGGAGCCAUUGACUCAAUUUAAAGGAUUACAGGUGGAAACAUUCACACGUUUGUCAAACUGAUAUCCACCAUCUCACCUGACUCUGAAUUCAAUGUGACGCUGUUCCUUUAAAGGUCGCGGUUCUGUCUUUGUCACAUGACAGGUUUAAACGUCCAACAAAUCACCUGUUGUUUUUUUCUUGUUUUAUAUUCAAGUUUAUUUUUUCCUUUUUUAAAUGACGAAAGAAGAGUCGGACCAAAAUCAGCUCAGCGAGUCGACGUGUUGACGCUCUGAUCCAAGGUCAGUGUUUGGGUGUCGGAAAGAAACCAACUGCUCAUCCUGUAAAAUCUGUUACUCCAUGUAGAGUUUUAAUAAAAGUUAGUGGAGAAACGACAGCGCCUCCAUGCGUCCUGAUUAUUAUACAAACCUGUCCUCCUGUAACUGAGUACUUUUACUCAAAUACUCUACAAAUCUGAGGUACUUUUACUGUACUCAAGUAUUUCCAGGUUCUGCUGGAACAAUGUCACAAUAAAUAUGUGGGCAAAAUUGUCCCUAACCCUGAUUGACUGGUCAUGGAAAACCUGGAAAAGUCAUGGAACUUCACAGUCACAUUUUCCAAGUCUGGAAAUGUCAUGAAAUAAGUUUAAGUCAUUGAAAGUUUUGAAUAGUCAUGUAAUUAGUAAAAGUCCUUGAUUUUUUUUUUUUUUUUGAAAAGUCAUGGAAUUAGAAAAAAAAGUAAUUGAAAGUUUGGAAAAAUCAUGGAAUUGAUAGAAAGUCAUUGAAAGCAAGGAAAAGGCAUGGAAUUAAGUCAUUGAAAUGGUUGGUAAAGUCAUGGAAUCAAAAAGUCAUGGGAAGUUUUGGAAAAGUCAUGGAAUUUGUAAACGAAAGUUUUGGAAAAGUAAUGGAAUCAAUAAAAAGUCCCUCAAGCUUUGGAAA